AUGCCUCGGAAGGUUGGAAGUGUGCUUCUCAAUGUUGAAGGUCGUCAUUUUCAAGUCGAUCGACACUUGCUUGCAUCACAAAGCAUUUAUUUUCGUGUUCUUUUUCGUAGUAAAACAAGACGAGAUAAAUAUGGAGCAAUAAUUGUACCCGGAAAUGCAGAACGAUUUGGUUUAAUAAUUGAUUAUUUAACUGGUGAAUAUAAUAUAACAAAUGAUCAACUUGAAUCAAUUAUUCCUGAUGGUUCAUCACUUUAUCUUAUACCAUCACUUGUUUAUCUUUCUCAAUUUAAAGCUGAAUAUGAAGCAAAAUCAAAACAACGAAUUGAAGAAGUUAAACGAACAAUAAAUAAAAUGGAUAAAUUAAAGAGAGAAAUUACAAAUUUAGAAACACAUAUUGAUAAUAUCCGAAAUACACAUAAUUAUUAA